GAGCAACAAGUGGCCUGCCGCCUGCGCGAUGCCGCACAAUGAGGACUUCAAGGUGAGGCAGGUUUGCGGGUAUUCGGAGAAAACACUGAAAAUCCCGAUGGCACUGCUUGUUGGUCGAGCCGGACCUGCGUGACAGAUGUCGAUUAAAGCCAAACUUUGCCUCGAUUACAUCGUCUCUCGGCUAAGUUGGAACACUACAUCACCUCCCACUACCUCCGCCGAUAUGAUUAUUCCCAUCCGCAGGUCUAUUCAGAUACAACCAAGCCAAAGUCCAUCGUCUCUGGUUCUUGCAGUCUCAUCGUACUGGAGAGAUCACGACCCACCACCACCACCAUGACCUCAAGAAAAGACUUUGAAAUCUUCUCUCAUCGGUCGAGGAAGCGCUCCGAGACCUCCACUCCGGAGCGACUGUUAUGGCUGGAGGCUUCGGCUUCAGCGGUAUACCCGAGACCAUUAUCGAAUACGUCCGCACCCGGGACGAUAUCGACUCGCUCAACAUGAUCUCUACCGAAUCAGGCGACGACGAUUGGGGACUGGGACGCCUGUAUGCUCCACAUAACAAGAUUGCCAAGCAGAGUCUCUCCUACAUUGGAAGAUGCACAGUCAUGGAGCAGGACUACCUCUCCGGUCAGACAGAGUUGCAUUUGAUUCCUUGGGAACAUUCGCCGAAAAGAUUCGAAAUUGCCGACCAGGGAUUCCUGCUUUUUACACUCCUACCGGGCUUUAAACACUCCGAGAUCACGAUUGUAGAGGCGGAGGAGAUCGUCGAGACCGGCGAGCGCUCACCCGAAUCCAUGCACCUACCUAGAUUGAACGUGAACAGGCGGGCGGCCAAAGAAUUUGUACCUGGAAGCUCAUGCAAUACGGGGUGGGCAUGCCGGACGCUGGCCUCUGAUUAUGCGGCCAAGGAUGGUAGACAUGUGUUUGUGCAGUCUGAGAAUGGCGUGAUUGAUGUGGGAGGAUACCCGAAAAAGGGUGAGGAAUCAAGUGAUUGUAUCAAUGCUGGCAAGGAGAGUAUCCUGCCAAUUCCUGGCGCCAGCACAUUUGGCUCGGAUGUUUCAUUUGGCCAGAUUCGAGGAGGCCAUCUCGACAUGACGGUCCUCGGCGCACUGGAAUGUAGCCAAUAUGGAGACAUUGCCAACUACAUGAUACCUGGAAAGAUGGUCAAAGGCAUGGGUGGCGCCAUGGAUCUCGUCGCAAAUUUUGAAGAGACCAAAGUUCUAGUCGUACAGACUCACUGCGACAAGCAUGGCAAUCCCAAGAUCAAAGCCAAAGCUGGCAUGUUUCGACGUUGA